UAUCAAAAAAAGAUAUUACAUUAAAAAAUUGUUUUAAAAAAUAAUUAAUUUUUGUUGUUAUUAUUUGUUUCAUAUUUUCAUAUUAUAAUGUUUACUAAUAAACAACAAGUAUUGUUGGCCGCACUGGUAGUUGUGAUCAGUGUUGGACUGUCCACUGCCGCUGGUUUAGCCGAUCUACUCAAUCGACCGGAUAUUAAGCGCGGUUUGACUCAUAUAUGCGGACCUAACCUAACAAAACAACAGCAUCAGGCUGUCGAUCAAUGCGAUCGGACAGUCAUACCGGCAAAUAUCCGUAACGGCUUUACAUCCUGUGUCCGGUCAUCAUUGGGUGUGAAAAAGUUUACAAAACCGAUGCUAUGCUAUCGGGUACAGCCGGGCGGCGAAAAGAUGAGUCCGUGUUUGAAGAAAAAACGUGAGGAUAAUCGUCGCCGAUUGCCUCCCGGUGUCAACCUUCAGGAACUACAGAAACAGAUUUUCGAUGAAUACCAAACAUGUUUGAAACGUGCGAUCGGACAACAAUAAAAAUCAGGGAACGGGAUGUCAAAAAAAAAUGUCUGUAUGUGUGAGCUUUUUUGCAAAAAAAUACAUUUGGGAAUGCCUUAUGAAAAAAAACUUCCGGAUCAUUAUUAAUAAUAAUUAUAAUCCUACUUAUC